GUAUUUACGGUGGCGGGCUUUACAAAAAAUACAGGUUAUUUUGCGGUCGCUAUAAUGUUUAGCACAUAAACUAUUACUUAAUAAAUUGUUAAUCGCUGUGGUUACGUGUUAUUUUGUUCAUUUGUGAUAAAAGUCACACAACAAACCGUUUUGAAAUUGUUCCUUCUUCGUCGUCUAAAUACUUUUUGUUAUUAAAUUUUUCAAGUAAUUGUGUGUGAUGACGACAACCAUAAAAUUGAAGAACAGUAAUAACGGUGACAUUGUUAAGAAUACCGAACAGGGUACGAUAUCGUUUCAAUUCAAAAACGGGAUUUCCGUAGACAUCACUCUCGAUGGAUCGAUCAGAGUUGCCAAUCAAACGGCAAACGCCGUGGCAGCCGUGAAUGCAACCGGUAACAUAUCGGCCGUCAUGCACCCUGUUGGUUUUAUGUAUAAAAAAGACGAAAUCGUCCACGUACAGGCGAAUGACAUUAACUUUGGAAAUCACAAGUUGGCGAAAAUAAGGUCAACGGGCAUCCACUUCAAGGCCGUCAAAAGCCCGCUGGUGUACUUGGUGGACGAAGCGGGCGUGAGGACGAACUUCUCGGAGAACUUUAUGCGCAUGGACAGGGACAUCACGUUGGACGUGUUGUACAAGGAUUGCCGACAUGGGGCCAUGUACGUAAACGUGUGCAACGAUUUGCUGUCAGACAUCAAGAGCACAGUGCUCGAGACUGGUACGGAAUGGAAACUGUACGACGUGUCGGUGGUACAAGAGAACGUUCAUGGAUUCAUCAGGGUGAUCAAGGACGGGUGUGAAAAGUUCGAGAUCCGAUCCUCGGCGUCCGUCGGCACGAUAAAUCUGUACUCGGAUGCAGUAGACUGCACGGCGUCGCACGGCACCAAUCACCAUUUAUUCGUCAAAAAGAACAAGAGCCGCAUCCACUACGAAGUGCGCAACAAGUUCAUGGUCCGGUACGGCGGCUAUCACACCGGUUUCAACGAGUGCGACGAAGUGUCGUUUUUCUGAUGGUCUCGCGAUAAAUAAUAAUAUCAAUUGCGCACACGCGACACGCAUAAUAAUAAUAAUAUAUCGUUGCGUAUAUCACUG